AUGGUUACUGAAAAUAAUAGAAUACAAGGUCCACUUUCAACACUAGAAUUUGAACAAGAGUUUUUGUUGAUAGCAUUUAUUAAUUUGUGCGCUUGCGCAAUUAAAUGUGGAUCUUUUCAAGUGUUGGCAGCUACGGAUAUACCGAUGGAAAAGCAGAUAAACAACUUUGAGAAAAAUAUUUACUGA